AUGAGCGGCCCCACUACCAACGGGGACUACAGACAGGAGGAGAACAUCGCGUCGAGCUCGAGACACCCAGCCUCGCCCCGCUCCUCCUCCACCUCGAAGCCAUCCCUGGACCUCCCCGCCCUCGAACCCUUCUCGCAUGAUCAUCCCCUGCUCUCCCAGGACACCUUCAAUCCGGACGACCUCCUACAGAGUAGAUCACACGUACCGCUGGAAGAGCUUCGGGGGGAGCUGCGGUCAUAUCUCACUGUACUCCGCGAAGAGCUUGUACAGCUCAUCAACGAAGACUAUGAGGAGUUCAUCUCGCUCGGUGUGGGCCUGCGAGGGGAGGUAGGAAGAUUGCAGCGGCUAGAGGGUCCGCUGGAUGAGCUACAGCAGGAGGUCAAGCUCGUCAAUGAUGCGCUGAGGGCCCAUGAGCUUUUGCUUCAGUCCAACCUGACUCGGAGGUCGGAACUGCGAGAUGAAACUGCGCUACUAGAGUCGAUGCACAAGCUGUCCGAAUCGAUCACGCGAACAGAGGCGCUUCUGAACGAUCUCGAGCGUUCUGUGGAUGUCAAGGAUAUCCUGCGCGUAGGAAACGAGUAUUCGCAGAUCAUCUACCUGCUACGGAAGCUCGAGACGGAGGGAUGCGCCAUGGUCACUGCUUUUGGACCACGACUACAGCAAAUCAGAAUACGAAUCCAGAGCAAGCUGGCCGGCGUGCUCGUUGGCGCCAUUCAGGACCGGUCGACGCAGGGCAUACUGGACUGCCUCAGUGUAUACGACAUCAUCGAGGGAUGGGAGGAGGUGCAAGCGACUGUGCAGUCGAUAGUCCGGAAGCUGUGUGAUCAGAUCAUCCAGCCAAGCACAUUGGCAGUUCCGGCAACGCCAAAGGCACCACAGACGCCUCAUUCAGCCUCAAAUCCGUUCGAGAGGGUCGCGGGUCAUUCUGCACUUGCAGACAUGUACAACCGACUCCUAGAGGAGCUGUACGACCUCUCACUGCUAUUCGAUCUCGCUGAGGACGUUUCACCUCGGUUCGCUUUCGUCGAAAAGGUCGUCAUACCCUGCAUCACCACCUCAAUACGGACCAAUCUAGGCCGGACCAUCUUCUCGGCGGGACGGCCAGACGAGCUGCAUAAAAACUACACUACCACAUCCCACUUCCUCGCGAGCCUCGAAUCACUCGCCCCUUCCGCCUCGGUCGUAGCUACGAUCAGGGCCAGUUCCGACCUGGCGGCUCUGCAUCGUCAAUGGCAACUACCUGUCUACUUCCAGCUGAGGUGGAAAGACAUUGUCACUCGGCUCGAAAGAGCGCUGGAGGAUCCAACGCAGAACAAAGACUGGGCUAUCCCGCAGACGGCGGGAGUGUAUGAGGCGGUAGAAACGUGCUGGUCGGAUGAGGUCUACAUCCAGGAUUUAGCGGACCGCUUCUGGAAGUUGACUUUGCAAAUCCUGUCGAGAUAUCGGAAUUGGCUGCAUCAGUCUGCAGACGUUACUGUCGACCCUCUGACGGACGAUACGCAACUACGGACUGCGCUGAGAGCAAUGAUCGACCUCUCCUGCCUGGAUGUCAAGGUGCAAGCUGUCCUCGCUACUGCUGGGAUAUCGCAGUCUUUAUCGGACCUCCUGUCAAGCACAGAGUACAGCGAGAUCGCAUCAUCGACGCUCUCCGCACGAUGUCUGGAGCAACUCAAGCCUAUCCGAGCCGUCGCCUCGCAGCUCCGGACCACCACAAACCGCUCCGUCCAGCCCAGUCCCUACAUCUCCCUCGUCUUCCGCCCCCUCCGUACCGCCUUCUCCGACUUCCCUUCUCUGCCCUCCGCCCCAAAACAAGAACUCACUCGGACAGUCGCCAUCGAGGUCUUCACCCAAUUCAACGCCAUGCUGCUGUCUGUGCGCAAGACGGAAGAUCUGCUGAGGCGGCAUCGGAAAGGCAGAAAAACGGGAUUCUCGCUGUUCGGAUCAGGAGGCCAGGGGGGCGAUGCGGAUGAAGCAGGGGAGGAGGAGAGACGAUUUGAUGAGCAGAUGCGAGUGGAUAUUGCGGCGCUGAGUAAGGAAGCGAGGGAGCUGGGCGUACCGGUCGAGCAGCUGGAGGAGUGGAGGGGACUGGUUGGUGCAAUGGACCGGCCGCUCGCGGAGUAG